CGGGUGGGGGGGCCGCGUGCGGAGGUGCUGCGGGAGAGGGCGGUGCGGAUGGGCUGCGGGAGCCGGGGUUGCCAAGGUGGGGAGGCGGCUCCGGGCCCUGGGCUGGGCUGGGGUGGUCGGCUGCAGGGCGCCGCCUUCUGACCCGGUUCAGCCCCAUAGACCCCCCCCCCUUUUCCAGCCGGCAGGUCCUUGCCAGUGGCUGGUUGUGGUUGUGGUCCCCAGCGCUUCCAGUCCGGGGGGAAGGGGUCUCGUGUCACCGACAUGAGCGUCUGCGGGUGGAAAGAAGGUCCUGUCAGCAGGGGCGGCUCGUCCCAACUUGACCUGGCUCCAUCUUUAGUGUGUGUGUGUGUGUGUGUGUGUGUGUGUGAAUUUGGGGGGAGGGGGUGCUGGUGGAGACAUGCGACCCUUUUGUAGUGUUGCAUCUAUCCGCCGACUUCAUUCUAAAAAUGAAACCGCUUUUAUCCUGUCCGAAGGCAUCCAAUAAACACUCGUUUCAAAACCAGAGUAGUAUGAACAGCACGUGAGGUCGCGUUAGGAAGAGCAGCUCGAUCUGAGAGUCAGAAUAAAUAACAGGCACCGUGUUUUGUCUUUUUGUAUCGUGCCUGCCGAGUUGCUGUAGGCCUCGGGACCAGUCGAGCCAGCUGGUCGAAUCUCUUUUCUGGUUCGCCGUGUUCACAUUAAAAUUAGCUCCGGAGAACCGUCGUCGCAGGCUUUGCUGUUACGUUGCCUUGCAUUGCUGUCUCGCUGCUUCCAAGUGUGGAAAGCUGUUUUGUUUUUGUUUUUUCAGUCAGAAUGAAGAAGCCUUUGGACUUCAGAUAUAUUUCGCUUGCCACGCGAAGAGGACUUUGUAUGGGGAGCGAGAUAUUUCUGAAGAGGUCUAAUAUAAAAUUUUGGAGUUGGUAUUAAGAAAAGAUAGCCCCCCCCAAAAGAACCUCAUCUGCAUGUUUUGGAAGCUGUUUUUAGUGUACUUACUUUUACAAUGCCUCCACUCUGCAUUGUGCAAAGAUGCAAGGCAAGAAUCCCUGAAUGCCUGGGAUCUAAUGAGAGAUGUAAAUAGAGCCUGUCUUUCUAUCAAAAAUAUAUCUUCAGCAUUUUGAAAGGCACACCUUUUUACAGAAAAGCAGACAUGAUACACUGAAGGCCUUUGGAAAUGCAUGUUGGCAGUAAGAUGGAAGUAUAAAUCUUGAGACUUAAAACCAGAAAUGGCUCAAGAGUGUUGAGACGGGACGCAGAAGAGCCUCUGAUGCUUGUCAGUGUAAGCAGUGGAAAAGGGACAACUACCAUGGUAACACUAAUAACGGAAAAGCUGCAGAACCAGAGCUUGGAUGACCUGACGUGUAAAACAUACAAUAUUAAUCUGUACUCAUCUGAGAAGCUGAACAAAAGUGGCAGCUUGUUCCCUUUUGAAAUCAAUGAAAGUCCUUGGAAAGCUUUAAAUGGGGGUUGUCCAAUCCGAGCUGAAGUGACCAAGCAUUCAGCUUACCCUUUCCCAGUGUGUCCAUUUAGUACUACAACUACUAAUGUGGGUCUACAAUGGCAGCAGGAAUCUUCCAGCACAUCAAUGGUGUCAGGCUGGAUAAGUGAAUUAAACCUUAAUGAGAACUCGGGGCAGCCAUUGGCACCACCAACCAAGCGCCACUGCAGGUCACUCUCUGAGCCAGAUGAGUUGGCCCGCUGUCGGUCACCGUGGAAGCCUGGCAGUUCAAAGGUCUGGACUCCUGUAUCAAAGAGACGGUGCAACAGUGGUGGUAGUGCCACUUUGCAGCGCUGCAAUAGUCAUGGGAGUGCAACUUUACAGAGAAGCACAAGUAUCAGCCUGCCACAAAAUGUACUGUCAUUAAAUAAUGUCUUCACUAUCACCAGCUUCAACACGUCGCCAGUUCCCAGACCUUCCUCCGCGAGCAGUGGCUUUGUGGACAGUAGCGAGGGAAGCACAAGUUCAAGUACCCGUUGGAAUUCGGGAGGGCCUUGCGACUUUAACCCAAGGCGUCGCCUCUCGCUCUCACAGGAGCACAUCACCGAGACGGGAAACCUCUUGCCUUCGGCAAACAGCACUCCCACCUCCACACCCGAGCUCAGCCGGCGUCAGGGCUUGCUGAGAUGUCGCUCCCAGCCUUGUGUCCUGAAUGAAAAGAAAAGCCGGCUAAAGCGCAGACGAGAGGAGGAUGUACGGUGGAAUCGCCCGUCGUUAGACUUUUUUAAAAUGACACGGACUUUAAAAAAUUCAAAAAGUCUUUGCUCUCUUGAUUAUGAAGAAGAUGAUGAUGAUGAUGAUGAUGACACGCAAAUGAAGACAAUAGUGUCAUCCCCAUGUGACUCAAAUGACCUUAUGAACAUCAUCACCCCUGGUUCCAGUCCAAUGAAAGAGAAGCUGGAUGAAGUAAGGCAUCAUGGGCCAUGCCAAGUUGGCUUCAACACAAGGGAUUAUAAGAAAGCAGCUGCAGUAUGUGAAAGUGAUGAGGACAUGAGUGAUUGUGAGAGCACUGAAGAGGGGAUCUUUCCUCUGGACUGUGGGGACUUGGAUCUAGAGCAGAUUGAAAACAACUGAGUCUCAAAAGUUGUGUGCUAGAAUCAGAGUUGUUCUAAAUUAAAAUGAUAGUGGAUUACAUUUGCCAUGCAUAAUCCAUGUCCCUGAAUCUCUGUAUUGCCUAUCUUGGGCCUGUGUUAGAAGAAAUGUUUCAGGUGGGGGGAGAAUAAAAUUGAACCAUUGUUACCUGUUUAGUCUGUUGAUCGGUAUGUGGAUGACAACAACAACAAAGAGUAGGAAGUUAAAUGUAUUUUGAACAUUAAGGAGUAAUUUUGAUUAAAAAUUUCCUAAAAGAUAUUUUGCAUUUUUAUGGCUUUUACAGUUCCGGAGAAAGCAUCUCUAUUUUGAAAUGAAUUUUCAGAAGGGCACUCUAUAAAACAAUCUAUCUACAGUGAUUCUGGGGCAGGUAUAUGUUCCUUUUGUUUUAAAAAAAAAAAAGAAAAAAAAAAAAAAGAGAGAAAAGAAAAGAAAAAAAAAAAAGCUUGUGAGACGUGAAUUACAUAAUUAAAUUGGUAAUAAACCAUCAGGUGAUCUGAACUCUUAAAUAUCUGGUUGAGAAUUGGUCCAAAAUACUUAACUGCCUCCUUCUACAGUGUGUGGGUAUAAAACUUCAUAACAUGUACAAAUGAAUUUUUCAUACAUUCAAGCCUUUUUGAUCAAAAUGUAGUAGUGACCUUAAAGGUUAACAUUUUCCAUGAUUUUACUACUUGAAUUGUUUUCUAGCCUGAAGCAAUGCUAAUUGAGGUGGGAUAAAACUGCAAGUAGCUGCCCACCUUCUUGGUCAUUAUGUUUUCUGUGGUUCAAAAGAAUGUACAACAAGAGCACUUGAACUUUUAGACAGGGACUUUGUAAUGAUCAAUUCCCCAGGAGGUGAUCCCUUCAGCAAUACUAGAAGGAAACUAGUCCUUGAAUUAAAUAAAGUGACAUUUUGCUUUGCA